AAUCGCGCAACCCCUAGUAUAGUUAAUUGGGCUGGGACUGGGCUGCGUGUUUGCUCUUGCUCGUCGCGCGCCGCCGCGCUAACAUGUUCCUUCGCUCUUGUUCGUGACACUCCCCUGCUGCCGCCCUGUGCUCUGUUGUUUUCUUAUUCGCUCGUAGGUGAGAAUUUCAUCGAGGAUUGGGCGGGAGCUUGGACUUAGCGGCCAGGAGUAGCGACGCGGAGCUAGGAAUUGUAGGAGUGCCUGGGCCUCACGGUACCGUGAGCACAUGCAUGGGUUUGCAACCUUGAGACGUCAGGUGCGCGGCCUGCGAGCCGAGCACACGGCCCGCGCCCGCGCGGCACGCAAACACAGCUUGCUGCUGGAUCAGCUGUCGGGCACCGUGCAGCAACUGACACAGCAGCUGAACGCAUUCGCGGUCGCGACAGCGGCCGUGCUGGAGGUGGAGACUGGCGGAGGGAAGGGCCUGGCCCCCAGUGCCGCAUCGUCCGCAGCGGCGGCUGCAAGCCGCCCGGCGCCCCCGCCGGGCGGGCCCAAAGCCGCCGCUACCCCACACGCUGCGCCUGCGGCAGGAGAGGCCGCGAGGCCGAACCUGCCGCAGCCGCAAGCGUGCACACACCUGCCGCCGCCGCCACGGGCGAUGGCGGCCAACAAAAUACUGCUUCGUGGCGCAAGCAGCGAGCAGGCGGAGGCGAUGGCGCGCGGCGACUUCUCUGCUCUGGGCCUGGGAGAGGGCUCGAUGGGCAUGUAUGAACGUCGGUGGCGGGCUAGCAACGCGGGUCGCGUUUGGAAUGUGGAGGUAGUGGUGACCAGGGAUCAGCGGGCGGCCUUCAUCAGGGCUGCGGCGCAGAUUAAACACACCGCAGGCGUGACGGUGGCCCCCUUCCUGACGCCGGAGGGGCGGGCAGCUAGGCGCGCGCGGCAAGCCCAGUUCGACAGCCUGGUGGAACGGGGUCUGCAGCCGUACUGGCGGGGCACGGACAUCGUGACUGAGGAGGGGGACCGGCGCUGCGUACACCCCGUGCAGUAAUGCACAUGGCGGAUAACUGAGAGGGGCGCGCACUGUGCGUGUUUUUAAGUCUAGCGGAAGUUAGGCUUGUUGUGACUGCAGGGCUAGGACACAGACGGUUUUGGUUAUUGAUCCUCUCUCUCAAUUUGUGGCUGCCCUUAGGCAUAUUCUGCCCUGUGGGGAAGGGAAGGUAGCUAGUGCCGGCGGGAUUUGCGGUUGCUGCAGCCACGUGCCGGACUUGGACGGUACAUGACUUUUUGCUAGGCGAACAAACAAUGCAUGGUGGCCAGCUGCCGGCUCGCAACAGUGUUGAUAUAGACGGAGGUGCGGCUCCUAGGGCCAAACCGAAGUCUCACCAAUAUAGACG